CAUCUGGUUGGCAAGCAUGUGAAUUGGUUCAUGUCUGGAGUGGAGCAUGUGUUGUUAUAUUGUUGUAAGUAUGUUGAAGAGAGGGACAGAUUGAGGUUGGAGGGGUUUGGACGGCAUUUGGGGGAUGGGGAAGGGUCUAUUAGAAGUUAGUAGGGCUCUUUUUUUUUCUUUUCUCAGACGUACUGAGUUAAGGUAGGAGGACUUAGAAAUGUUGUAAACCGUGAUUAACCACACACUCCAGCACAAUAGGUGGCGGCAUGCACCUUUAACGUUGGUUUGCGGAUUGCUAUUAUAUCAUAGAAGAAGAAGAACGAAUCGUUUGCAAACUGCAAGUAACUAUUGGCGAGGUAAGAUGGCGGCGCCAGAGGAGCAGGAAUUAUCUCAGGCGCAGACUGAAAAACUCCUUCAAUUUCAGGACUUGACAGGUUUGGAGUCUAUGGACCAAUGUCGGCGCACAUUAGAACAACACAAUUGGAACAUCGAGGCUGCGGUGCAGGACAGACUGAAUGAGCAGGAAGGAGUUCCUAGUGUGUUUAACCCUCCGCCGUCCAGACCCUUACAGGUCAACACAGCAGACCACAGAGUGUAUAGUUAUAUCGUCUCCAGGCCACAACCCAGAGGAUUAAUAGGAUGGAGUUACUACAUGAUAAUGCUACCUUUCAGAUUGACAUAUUACACACUUCUGGACAUAUUUAGGUUUGCCCUGCGGUGGGUCAGGCCAGACCCUCGUGGACGCGUCACAGACCCCGUGGGUGACGUUGUCUCCUUCAUCCAUAGUUUUGAAGAGAAGUACGGUCGAUCGCAUCCAGUGUUUUACCAGGGAACAUAUAGCCAGGCAUUGAAUGAUGCCAAACGUGAGCUUCGCUACUUGUUAGUUUACCUCCAUGGAGAGGACAACCAGGAUACAGACCAGUUCUGUCGCUCCACGUUAUGUACAGAAGAGGUCAUGACCUUCCUUAACACCCGGAUGCUGUUCUGGGCCUGUUCCACCAGCAGGCCUGAGGGAUACAGAGGUACACAUCGUCUACUCUUAAACACUUUCCCCUUCCUGGCCAUGAUCAUGCUGAAGGACCGUAAGAUGACGGGUGGACGUCUGGAGGGGCUCAUCCAAUCAGAGGACCUCCUCAAUCAGCUCACCUUCAUCAUGGAGGCCAACCAGACCUACCUGAUGUCUGAACGCUUGGAACGGGAGGAGAGGAACCAGACGCAGGUGUUGCGGGCGCAGCAGGACGAGGCCUACCUGGAGUCGCUGAGAGCCGACCAGGAGAAGGACCGGAGGAAGAGGGAGGAGCAGGACAAGGUUCAGGCGGAGGAGGAGAAGGUCCGGCAGACCGUCCUGGCCGAGGAGAGGAGGAGGAGGACGCUGGACGAAGAGAAGGAGCGCAAGUCAGAAUGUCUUCCCCCCGAGCCCCCAGCAGACGACCCCGACAGCGUCAAGAUAGUUUUCAAACUGCCUAACGACACCAGAGUAGAGAGGCGGUUCCUCUUCCAGCAGUCUCUGACGGUAAUAUACGACUUCCUGUUCUCGUUGAAGGAGACUCCGGAGAAAUUCCAGUUAGUUACCAACUUCCCCCGCCGUGUUCUGCCCUGCCUUCCCACGGAGGAGCAGCCCAACCCACCCAGCCUCAAAGAGGCCGGCCUCAGCCGUUCCGAGGUCCUCUUUGUUCAGGACCUCACGGACGAUUGACACCUAGCUAACCCUCCAACAUGAGCAAAUCAGCUGUUCUGUUUUUACCUUGUUUCUAUCCCCCAUUUUUUUUUUUUUUUUAAAUGGCCGUUGUGCACUAGGGGUCACUGUCUAAAAUAAUGAAACAAAAACUCUGACCCUAAAUAAUUUAGCCAACCCGCCAGCCCUGAUACUGUUGUUUUAAAAGGAGAGAUGUUAACUCCCUGUACAUACUUUGGAUAUUUAAAGAACAAGGCUGAAAAAGCACCGUUUUUUUUAUUUUUUAUUAUUCAUUAUUCAAUCAAAGUUGACUCUAUAUAAUGUAAUUGUCUUGAGACGACCAAACAAGCGAGGGUUGAGUUUCCAUACCGUCUGCAGUUUAGAACGACAACACAGUUCAACAAGAAGAGGGCCACAGCUUUCAGCAUGUGGCUUUUACCUAUCUCUAGUAUAACAGUCUGCCUGUGGUGAUUUCAUAGAUGCCUAUUUCUCCUGUAACAUCAGAAUGGGCUGGUCAUGUUUAAGAUGUCAUUUUCCAACAACUAUAAAUUAAACAUUUUAAAAUGUU